UAUAUUUAUAUCAGUAUUCCGUUUUUGGGCGCAUUCUUGAACUCCAUUCGGACGGAAGCGGAUUUAAAUGCAUUUUUGCGGAUUUAACAUAAAAUCAAACUCAACCGAAACCCACCGUUGCUGUGGAGUCGUCCUGCCUGUGGUACAGUCUGUCAUGUGCUGCCCGCCCGCAAUGUGACAGUGUUCUACGUAAGCGGGCAACUGUCAAAACAGCGGUACACAUUCCGAAGUGCAACAACCAAAACAAUACGCCGCGUGUGUGUGUAUGUGUCAGUAGUGCGGUCAGGAGGGUUGGUAAAAUUCGUUGAAAGCUGAAAUGAAGGUGAAACCGCACAGACCGUACACCGCCGAGUACGACAAUGGCCAGUCGGCACCGAAUCUGCUCGUCUACCUGCUCUGGCUGCUGGUACACAAGCUCGUCACUAUCGUCGAGCAGCUGAUGCAGUCCCUGCGCCAACCGUUCUUCAGCAAACGGAUCCGCAUAAAGGCCCACCAGUACGCAGAGCACCAGCAGCAGCAGCUUCCCGCACCGGUGUCAAAGCUGUCGAAGGUGCCGAAACAUCUGGUGGUGCUGCUAGGGCCGGAACCGCCCCUCUACCGCCAGCUGGCCCAGUUCAUCUUCUGGUCGCUGGCGGCUGAGAUCGAGUACGUUAGCUUCUACGAUCACAACGGAACCAUCAAGCGCAACUGCGAGGAAGUGAAGCGCUGCGUACGCGAAGCACCGGUGGAAGGGAAGGACCGCAUCGUUUGGCUGGAACGCAGUGGUAGCGGUGCGGAGGCGGACGAUAGCCCCCGCCAACCAGUCGGGAGUGGCCGCACAGUGGUGGUCGGCUUUCUGUCGCCCGAGGACGGCAAGCAGGGGCUGGUGAGCCUGUCCCGCUCGAUCGGCGAGUCCGUGCGGCGGCGCGAUCUGUACGCGGCCGACGUGAGCAUCGAGCUGCUGGACAGCCGGCUGCAGGCGGCGCUCGGGGCCGUGCCCGAUCCCGAUCUGGCCCUCUACUUCGGUGACGUCUGCUCCACGUACGGGCUGCUGCCGUGGCAGAUACGGCUGACGGAGUUUCUGCCGCUCGGCACCCGGCUGCGGGACAGUACCGAGCGGGAGUUCGUGCGCUGCCUGCACCGGUACGCCAAGUGCGAGCAGCGCCUGGGCACGUAGAGGUGUGGGCCGCGGGCAGACACACCAAUGUAUAUUUGUAGGACAAUGCAAAAGACCGGACAGCGAAUUCCUUCACCCUCAAUUAGUGAAUUAGUUUAGCCAAAAUAGCAUUUAAAUUUCUGUUCGUUUUAGGCAGGCGUUGGCAUUUACAAAGACAACUAUUUACCGAAGAAAUUAACUACCCCGCCCGUAUGCCCUUCUGUCCUUCUCGUUUGCCGUGAGUCGGUUGAAUAAUUGUGUGUGCGAAAGGCAGGAGUAAUCAUUCCAGCCUGUUAAUUCUCCCGAGUGAGCGUUCAUCCCCAAAUGUAUGACAUUACAUUAAAUGCAAUGUUUUAACCGGAAAUUGGCACCGACCGGGGAACAUUUUGCAUUUGGUAAAAGAGCUGUGAGCAAAAGCAAAAGGGCAAUUGUGGGGGGAAAAUAAAACGACCGUACGGAAUAUGUCUGCAUGAUAGAGCAACAAGAAAAGAAAAAAUCGAUUUAAAUACUAAUUUCCCUACCGUUUUCCAUUGGUGCGAAUUUUGAAUAAUAGAUUAACGAUAAACUUAGCACGCCCGUUCAAACGGUUUAAAUAAUUCCGGUCGUGGUCGAAGCGAGGGCUGGGAAUGCCGUCCUUGAGUGCUUGAAGUGGCGUCAGAAUUAGUGAUGGGGCAAAUGAAGAAUUCGUCGGAAUCGAUUCCGGCUAGCUCCGAAAUGUUCUGGAAUCGAUUCCGGAUAGUAGAUCCGGAACCAGUGUCCGGAAUUGGUUCCGGAAUCGGACCCGGCAUCGAAAUUGGCUCCGAAAUCAGAAUCGGUUUUGAAACGGAGUCGGUUUCGGCAUCUCCAUAAGAGUAGACGUUUAGGUCCAAUGAUGCAACGUAUUGAUAGCCGCAAAGAAUCCAAAUUUACUAGUAAACGAUCCACUCUCAUGGAGAUUUCCGGACUGAUUUUGCUUCUGAAA